AUGGAAUCAGAAUCCGAUAAUAAAAAAGUAGUAUCGGAAACCGAAACAAAAUUGGGAGGAAAGCAAGUUGAAAAUGUGGUAGAAACUGAAGCUGAAGAACCACAUUUUACAUUAGCAAUUAACAUACCUCACUUUCCUGGAAAAACUUACGUCUUUGCAAAUGCAAGUGAGCUCGUUCAAGAAGUUAAACAGUGGCUUACUGAUUCACCUGAAACAUGCAUCUAUACUUGUUUCUCUCUUGCCUUGAAUGGUAGAAGAUUAGAUGAUUAUAAGGAACUUCAAGAGGAAAACAUUUCUUCAGAUUGUGAUUUGGAUCUUAUUGAGGAACCUUAUACUGAACGUGAAGCUCGAAUUCAUGUUAUCCACGUCCGUGAUUUGCUUGCUGGACCAUAUAAACAAAAUCCAUCAGCAAUUGGUAUAGAUCCAGGAUUGUCUUUCUUUACCGCCAUCAAUAAUAAUAUAGUAAAUGUAAGCAAUGGGACUAAUGGAAACAUUGGAAAAGGAAAGAGUUCUAUUGAACAAUCUGAAGAAAAAGAAAACGGAAAAUCAAAAGAUGAAGGCGGCGAGCAAAUCAGUACAUUACAAACUCCAUUUUCUGACUAUGAUUUUUCAGCUCCAUCUUUGUCAAAGUUUGUUCCAGAAAGUUUCGGCCAAAAUAAAAUCAAAUGUCUUGAAACAUUGUAUCUCUCUGGUUGGAAUCCUGUACCCUUUGAACGUCGCAAAAGAGGUGAUUUACUGUAUUUAACUGUGAUAACUAUUGAGGGAGAAACUUUACAUAUCACAGCAGGAAUAAAUGGUUUUUUUGUGAAUAGAUCAACUUUAAAGAAUUUUGAUCCUAUUCCUCGAUCAGAAUUACAAGUAUCUCAUGCACAUUCGCUUAUUACUUUAUUACAAGGACUUUCACCAGCAUUUCGGGCUAAUUUUAAAGCAUUGCAAGAUUUUACUGGAUUGCAUCACCCAUUUGAAACAAUACCAGUUAAUACAUGUUUCCCUGCUUACCCCUGGGCAGUUAAAUUAAAUAAACAUAUUUAUGAUAUGAGUCGAUUAUCAGAUAUACAUUUAAAUUAUGGUACAGAUGCAGUUGAUUCUCUUCGAGAUUGGAAUGAUGAAUUUCAAUCACAAAGGGAAUAUCCUAAAGUUGAAAUGAAAGAUCGAGUAUUAAGGGAAAGACUUGUCAAUAAAAUUCAAGCAGAUUUUACAGAAAGUGCAGUUAAAGGAGCUAUUGCAGUUAUUAAUGGAAAUGUUGUUCCAUUUAAUCCUCGAGACCCUGAAGAAGAACAUAUGUAUGUUUAUAAUAAUAUAUUUUUCAGUAAAGCAUUUGAUACUAGAGGAACUUUCGCCAAACUUGGUGGUAACGACGCGGCACACGUAGCUACUGGUAAAGAUUUGGAAGGUAUAAGAACGGUGAAUUCAAUAGAUGUUGAUGGAUUAUAUACUCUCGGCUGUGUAGUAGCUGAUUAUAAGGGAGUCAGAAUUGUUGCACAAACUAUUGUUCCAGGAAUAUUUCGACGUCAAGAUGAUUCUUCUAUUGUUUAUGGUUAUUUUGACAAUGGUCGUGAUGAACCAAAAUUAUGUUCCAAUACUGAAUUUCAUGAGAUAGUUGGCAAAGCUGCAAAAGCUCUUCAUCUAGCUGAACACACCGUUUGUGAUAGUAAAGGAACUGCUGUAAAACUUUAUACCUCUCUUGAAACUAAGGGUUUAAUGGGUGAUGACGGCAGACGAUAUUUAUUUGAUUUAUAUCGUCUUAACCCAGUUGAUAUUGAAUUUCUUGAAAAAGAAUGUGAACCUCAAGAAGGGAGUGAUUUACCCAUUUAUCCUCACAAAUUAACACUUCUUCGACCCGAAUUGAUUGAAUCGUUUUGGGAUAGUAGAUUUAGAUCUUGGCUUCAAGAAAAAGCUAACAAAAAACAACAGGAGAAUGGAGGUGCCUCCUCUCCAGAAGUUAUUGUUACAGAUACGGAUGAAUUUAAUUUUGCACUUAAUCCGGAUUCUUUUACAGAUCAUAAAAUACCACAAGGAGAGGAAUAUGAUAAAACUAAGGCUUCAGAUGAAGAAAAUGUUCGAUUUGCAUCUAAAUAUUUAAGGGAGACUGUUAUAAGAAUGUUGAUCAUAGAAUUUACCACAUUAGCAGUAUCUCCUGUUGAUGGUACAUCGCUAACGGCAACAAUGCAUCGACGAGGAAUUAAUAUGCGAUAUUUAGGAAUUAUUGCCAAUAUUGUUAAUGAAUUAGAGGACCACAAAUUGGAUCACAUAAAAGUAAUUAUAAUAUAA